CAUUAAAACGUUUUAUCUGAUUUACCCAAACAAUAUAUCGUGCCCUAGCAGAUCACUUGUCGAGAGAAAGAGAGAGGGAGAGGGGGACGUUGGAAAAUACGGGCGCGAAUGGCUGGGGAGGAGGGAGAGGCGGCGAAGGAUCGGACGGCGGGGUGGAGGGAGUGGGCGGAGGAUCAAUGGCGGAGGACGAGGGAGCACGCGGAGACGUACCCCUACGUGUGGGGGUCGUACAUCCUGGUCUACGGUGGACUCGGCGUUUACUUGGCCUACCGGUGGCGCAAGCUCCGGCGCACCGAGGACCGCGUCCGCGUCCUGCAGCAGCGCCUCCGGAAGCUCGUCGAGGCCGAGGAAUCGCAGUCGGCCGCCGCCGCCGCUCCGCCUCCGUCAAAGCCGCCGCCGGUAGAGAAACCAAGCGGUUCCUGAUCAGAUUCUUGUUGUUCGGAGAGGUACGGAUUUCAUUCGGUAAAAAACAAAUUCUUAAAGAUUUUGCCGAUUUGUUUGUAUUUUAGUUAGUUGGUCGCAUUAGCAUCUUGUAAUCUGUAUGGAUGAGAGAAUGAAAUGGUUCUCUUUGCGUGAGGCAAUUGCAUUGCUGUAAUUCGUAGCAAUGAUUUAUGGUUCUAUUGUAGAAUGUGAGUGCACUGUUUGCUGCAACAUGCUCGAUUAGAGUAUCAACAUGAGUGAUAUGCUCAAACUUUGCAAUAGAAGAGCUUUCAGAUGGCUCGAAUCAAACAAAUUAAAAGA